AUGGGGUAUGGGCAAAUCCUCCACCGGCGGGGGAAUGAGGAGGACCAGGUCCACCUCAACGUGGGAGGGGUACGAUACGAAGUGGAUCCGGACAUGCUGCUCCGCUUCCCUCACACGCGCCUGGCUCGUCUGCUGCACUGCCAAAGCGAGGCGGCAAUCCUGGAGCUGUGUGACGACUACAGCCCGGCCGAGAAGGAGUACUACUUCGACAGGAAUCCCCGGGUUUUCCUGUGCGUGCUCAACUUCUACCACACGGGACGCAUCCACAUGAUGGAGGAGCUGUGCGUCUUCUCCUUCAGCCAGGAGAUCGAGUACUGGGGCAUCCCGGAGUUCCACGUGAGCCCCUGCUGUAACAACUGGUACCACGAGAGGAAGGAGUACAUCGAGGACAGAGACUGGGACGUCAGGAGCGAUGACCAGCAACAGCCAAGCUUCGACUCCUCCUUUGAGGAGCUCUCUGCUCUUGAUAAAGACCUGGCCAAGUUCAAAGGUGCCUGGUGUGCGGAGGUGAGGAGCUACGUUUGGCUCAGGCUGGAGGAUCCAGGUCACUCGAGAGCUUCAAAGAUCAUCGCUGUGGCCUCCCUCAGCUUGGUGUUGACCUCUAUCGUCGCCAUGUGUGUCCACAGCAUGCCCGAGUUUCAGCGUGUGGACGACAAUGAGAGACCCAUCGAGGACCCUGUCCUCACCAUCCUGGAGGAGAUCUGCAUCGCCGGCUUCUCCGCCGAGUUCAUCAUCAGGCUGAUCGUCGCGCCCUCCCGCAGGAAGUUCCUCGGAAACCCCUUAAACAUCAUCGAUGUUGCCUCCAUUUUGCCAUUUUACGCCACUUUAGCUCUGGAAACAGCCGACGAGGAGGCCGCAGAGGAGAAUGAGGACUUAGAAAACGUGGGGAAGGUGGUGCAGGUUCUGCGCCUCAUGAGGGUUCUCCGAAUCCUCAAACUGGCUCGCCACUCCAUCGGGCUGCGAGCGCUGGGUGCCACCAUCCGCCACAGCUACCACGAGGUGGGUCUACUCCUUCUCUUCCUCUCGGUGGGCAUCUCCAUCUUCUCUGCCCUCAUCUACUUUGCAGAGAAGGAAGAGGAAUCGACAGAUUUGGGGACCAUCCCUUCGGGCUGGUGGUGGGCUACAAUCACCAUGACCACAGUCGGUUACGGUGACACCUGCCCGGUGACGCUGGCGGGAAAGAUCGUGGCCACCUUGUGUAUUGUCUGCGGCCUGUUAGUGGUGGCUCUGCCCAUCACCAUCAUCUUCAAUAAGUUUUCCAAGUACUAUCAAAGAAACAAAGCCAUGGAGGGACAGUGUGUCACUAAACCUGAAAGACAGGACCCAGAACUCCCUUAUUAUAAUAUCAGAGACCUGUUCACAGACAGUCUUUAUCCCUUUAUAGGAGCUUUCGCCUUCAGGAACAGCGAGAGCAGCGCAGGGGACGAUACAGAUGCCUCCAGUCUCCAGGACAUGGAGGUGUACGAUAAUGAUACUUGUGAAAAUGGGGCAGCAAAAUGA